CUAGAUUGAAUUGUGGAAAAAUAAUUUUUAAAUUCUUUGAGGAAUACAGAAAAAAGUGGCUUUUUGUUAGAAAACUUACACUUAUGAAUAUGAAAUUUGACCAAUAAUAUUAAUAGAUUGAUUACAAAAGCCUCCUUUAUCACACAGUUUUCAUAUUUUGAAAAACCAAAAACUACAAUUUCAAAAAGCAAAACAAAAUUAAAAAGUACCUUUUCCUUAAUAAACAACGACAUCUCAUGCCAUAACUUUUUCACAUGACUACUACAGUGCCAAAAAAUAUGGGGUACCGUUUCCAAGUGUAAAGAGCAAAAAGAACACCUUACAUCAAUGUCCUUCCUAAACUUACUAAGAAAAUGCUUGACAGGGUAAAAUUUGUGUAUUAACUUGAAAGAGAUGCGAGCAUUCUUGUAUUGUAUUCUUGUAUGAAUGCCAGAGCAUCUGCGUGGGCGGGGCUUCAUCGCGCUCCGAGUGGCGUCACUCUGUCGAUGACGUCACGUAAAUACAGCGUCCGUGGUUUUGCACCAUGAAUUUGUCCUGAUGUGGACCACAUUUGGUCAUAAAGUUGUGAAGACAGAAGCUCAAUAGGUUUACCUGUAAUCUCACCUGUGUUUGGGCAGUAUGUCUGUCUCCAGUACACCCACCAGUAAUGAUGCCUGUCUGAGCAUCGUUCACAGUCUCAUGUGCCAUCGACAGGGAGGAGAGAGCGAAUCCUUUGCCAAAAGAGCCAUAGAGAGUUUAGUGAAGAAGCUGAAAGAGAAAAAAGACGAGUUAGACUCUCUGAUCUCUGCCAUCACUACGAAUGGAGCUCACCCUAGUAAAUGUGUGACCAUACAGCGCACGCUGGACGGUAGACUGCAGGUGGCUGGUCGUAAAGGAUUUCCUCAUGUGAUAUACGCACGACUGUGGCGAUGGCCAGACCUGCACAAGAAUGAACUGAAGCAUGUUAAAUAUUGCCAGUUUGCCUUUGAUCUGAAAUGCGACAGCGUGUGCGUGAACCCAUACCACUACGAGAGGGUCGUGUCUCCGAGCAUCGAUCUUUCUGUACUUUCUCUGGGAGGUCCAGGCCCAAGCGGAGAGCUUAUAGUAAAGGAUGAAUUCGAGGGUCCGUCAUCACAUUCGGCUGCUGACGGUGGACACGGUAUUCAAACCAUCCAGCAUACUGCCGCCCCCAACGUACCGCCUGACACUUUUAAUAGCCCCGCCCUACUGCCACCAUCAGACUCCGCAAGCUCCGCCUCCACCUCUGCUUUCACCAGUAUGGCUGCCGGUCCACCCAAUACUCCCAGCUCAUGGCCCAGAGGUAGCAGCUUUCCCCCCAGCAUCCCUCAUCAAAACGGCCAUUUACAACACCACCCACCACUGCCUCACACGGGCCAGUACUGGUCCGUCCAUAAUGAGCUGGCAUUUCAGCCACCUAUAUCUACUCAUCCAGCUCCGGAUUACUGGUGCUCUAUUGCAUAUUUUGAGAUGGAUAUUCAGGUGGGCGAGACAUUUAAGGUGCCCUCCAACUGCCCCAUCGUGACGGUGGAUGGUUACGUGGACCCAUCAGGUGGGGAUCGCUUCUGUCUCGGCCAGCUGAGCAAUGUUCAUCGCACGGAGGCCAUAGAGAGAGCCAGGCUUCAUAUCGGUAAAGGUGUUCAGCUGGAGUGUAAGGGCGAGGGGGACGUAUGGGUCCGCUGUCUCAGUGAUCAUGCAGUGUUUGUUCAGAGUUAUUAUUUGGACCGUGAGGCCGGACGAGCUCCGGGUGACGCCGUACAUAAAAUUUACCCCAGUGCCUACAUCAAGGUGUUUGAUUUACGCCAGUGUCAUCGGCAGAUGCAGCAGCAGGCGGCCACCGCUCAGGCGGCUGCAGCUGCGCAGGCGGCCGCAGUGGCAGGAAACAUUCCAGGUCCUGGAUCAGUGGGUGGCAUCGCUCCUGCUAUAAGUCUGUCUGCCGCAGCGGGCAUCGGUGUGGACGACCUGCGUCGCCUCUGCAUCCUGCGCAUGAGUUUCGUGAAGGGCUGGGGUCCUGAUUACCCUCGCCAGAGCAUCAAAGAGACGCCAUGUUGGAUCGAGAUCCAUUUGCAUCGAGCUCUGCAACUCUUGGAUGAGGUUCUGCACACCAUGCCUAUAGCUGACCCGCAACCACUAGACUGAUGUUCAACCUUUGCAUUUUUAUAAUGACCCCUGACCUUACCCAUGACCCUCCACGGCUGCUCGACAGAUUUGUCAUACCGUUGCAAUACGACAAAACACUAAAUCGGAUCGAACAGGAUUGUUUAUCUUUAAAUACUUUUGUGUUUGAUGUUCAAACAAACCCUGAGAACUCAUACAGGACUGUGGUCAGAGAAACGCAGUAUUGCAUUUUAUCAAGUUAUGCCAUAACCUACACUACACUGGCCGUGUACACAUUGUAAUUUGCAGUAUAAUAAUCCGGUUUCGUUCAUGAAUCUCAAGCUCAGUUUGGUGACAGUUUGGUUUAUCUGUGAAUGAUUAAAACAACAUUUCUGGAUGUAAAUUGUUGCAUUUGAUAGGACAGUUCAUGAGAAUGGUUAACAAAUAUUUCACACAGAAAUUUGUUCCUGCAUUGUGCACAUGGCCAGAAUAUUGUUUUUUUGUGUUAUUAUAAGCUAACAAUCACUUGUUUAUAUCAAUCAAGUACUUUAUACUACAUGUAAAAGCUUUUGUAUCCUUAUACUGGUUGACUGCAUAUGGGCUUCGUCUCAAUAUUAUGAACCGGUUCUUAGUUUGCCGACUUUUUUAGAUAGCUCAAAAAAAUCAGAAUUCUUAAGGUGCUCUCAAAUGUUUAUUGUCAUAAAAAUAGCAAUCUGAUCUCACAAGAAAUUGUACGUAUAUUACACUCAUUCGAAUUAAGUGAAUCAUACAAAAACUUGAUUAUCAUUAAAAAACUCCCCCAACCCCAACGUCACAGGGGCCAAAGCAAAUUGUACAAAGACGUACGGACUGCCAUGAGAAGCUUUGGAUGUAUACAAUUUCAUCUCAAACAGUUGUACCGAAUAACUGCUUACUUUGUAACUGUCUUGUUUGUGUUUCUUUUACCCUAGUGAUGAUUGUUCAUCUUCCCAUGAAGUAUGAAAUAUGAAAAUAUUUUUCAGAUCAUAUAAGGCAAUAAUAGUAUUAAAUCUGAGCGCAUGUAAUGGCA